GUGAACGUUACCGUUCGUAAAAUAGGGCAUUUCCGAGGUAUUUGACUCAAAAGGAAUUAGAGGCGGCUGUGGAGGAGGUCGUGAUGGAUGAGGGCAAUAAUAAUGAAAGUCAACAGAUUGACGCGGUCUAUAUUCCACCCGACGUGGAUACCUUGACUGACGAAGAAGAUAUGAACGAUAACAUAAAUCUACAAGAGUUUGGGGAACCACCUGAUGUAGUUGGAACUUUCGAGUUACAUGUACCGAAUGAUACAGCUGUCCUUCAGCAGUCCUGUAAUUCAUCAACUACUGAACCGGAAUGGGACUCAUCAGAUGAUGAAACCUUGGAAUUCAAAAGAAGACGUAUGAUUUCUGCAAACGACAGGCUUGAUUCCACUGUCAAGUGGAAGAAAGGUCAGAUUAAGUACACUCACACAACUAUAUCCGAUGAGGAUGUGUAAAGGAACCAAAAAAUAGGCUUUCUGGGAAAACUCCGCUUGUAAUAUUUUUUAUGUUUUUUGAUGACGAAGUGAUCGAUUUGACUUUAAAUCUUACAAUGCUUUACGACUUUUAAAAACCGAUGAAAGAAUUACUUAAAACAAAUCUUGCACCUGCCAUAGAAGAAGUGCGUUAUGAUAAUCAAGGUCACCUCAAGAUUGUUCAUGCUAAUAAAGCCCGAAGGAGAUGUAGAACUUGCCACAGCGACUCAAUUUACGUUUGUAAUAAGUGUAAUGUGCGUUUACAAACUCCAUGCUUUGUAAAAUAUCAUCAAAAAUGAAACCGGGUGUUACCAGUGCUGCGCUCACGCAUAUAUUCUGUUAUCAAAUCAGGUUCUAUUUGGAAAACAAUCUACUUUUAAUUGUUUAUUGUUUUCUGUCGAAUUUGAACUUUCUUUUGUAUAUUCAUGUAUAAAUUAUAUGUUACAUCUUA